CCCAUCCAUCUUGAUCAUGUCAGGUAUAUUCGGGUCUAUUUGGCCUAUCUUAUCUUCCUAUCGUCCCAACGCAGCUCGAACUCGCCAAGCGCAGAAAGAUAGGGCGCCCGAGCGUUUUGGAGCUUUUGAACCUACUUAUAUCCCACCGGGAUAUGCUAUCGUUCGUCCUCGAACGGACAAAGAAGCACAGCGGUUGUAUAAUCACGUCCGAACCGUUGCUUUUUGGCUGGACGCCGCUCCACUGCUUUCUGAUUUAGGCUUGCCUUUCCGAGCUGGAUUGGACGAUAUUAUCUCGCUCGUACCUAUCUAUGGUGAUAUCCUGUCGGGAGUGUUGCAGCUGUAUCAAGUCUGGCUGAGUUUCAUCUAUGGUGUACCUUAUGAGAUCCUAGGGCGGAUGCUCCUCAACGUUAUUCUCGACGUGAUCAUAGGCUUCGUUCCACUCUUCGGUGACGUCCUUGACAACCUCUUCAAGUCCAACCUACGUAAUCUCUCCUUACUUGAAGAAUGGCUUCUCUCAGCCCCCUCGGCUCAGAAAUACCACAUCCUCCUUAUGCCCGACGGCGGCGAAUUUCUUCCCAAACCCAAGACGUCUUCAGCAUGGAGUAGUUGGUUCAGUGGGACAAGCGUUGAUGAGGUUCGUGAGAGGGAAAGGAUGGAAGGGAGGGUGUACAAGACUAGACGGAUGGGUAAAGAUGAAGGUGUUGGUGCUGGUGUAGGAGGUGCUUCUGGGUCGAAUGCAGGAGGAACGAGAAAGAGAAGAGACCCAGUGUUCGAGCCUGUCGAUUGA